AUGCUCUCGAGACAGCAAGUGAUCCGAACCAUACGAAGGAAACCGCUCAACUUGGUGGCGUGCGUUUCGCUCGUGUUGGUGGUGUACUACUUUUUUUUCUCUGGCCUGGACUCCAAGGCGUUACAUUCUUCCACCAAGCCCAAAUACUCGUACAAGAAAAAGGGAACGGGCUGGUUUGGCAAUGGCAACAAGGACUCGCCUAUUUUGCGCAGCUUGCCAAAAAACCACAUCAGCCACUACGACUUGAACAUGUUGGAGGCCAAUGCCAAGGCUAAGGGCCACGAUGGUGAAGUUUUGAUUUUGACUCCCAUGAGCAAGUUUUUGCCCGAGUACUGGGACAACUUGAACAAGUUGACGUACGACCACAACCUUAUUCUGUUGGGCUUUAUUUUCCCCAGAACGCCCGAGGGCGACGAAGCAUUGAAGCUGUUGGAAAAGGCUCUCAAGCAGACACAAACAUCCAAGGGAAAGUUCAAAAAGGUGACGCUUUUGAGACAGGACACGCCGUCGUUGGAGCUGCAGUCGGAAAAGGACCGCCAUGCGUUGAAAGUCCAGAAGGAAAGACGCUCUAUGAUGGCUUUGGCCCGUAACUCGCUUUUGUUUUCCACCAUUUCCCCUUCCACGUCUUGGGUGCUCUGGUUGGACGCUGAUAUCGUCGAAACUCCGCCAACACUUCUUCAGGACAUGAUAGCACACAAAAAAACCCGUCCUUUCUGCCAAUGUGUUCCAAAGGUUUGUAGAGAACGGAAAACCACAGAUCCGAGGCUACGACUUCAACAACUGGAUCGAGUCGGAAGAAGGCUUGGCGUUGGCCGCCGGAAUGAAAGACGACGAGAUUAUUGUUGA